GUAAUGCUAGCAAAUGUGCUUUCGGCUUUCUUUAACUGUCUAUGGUGGCUUGCAGUAGAAAGUUAUUCUUGUCCUAUAUUAACGUACGUGUCGGGGUUCAUUACUGUAGCUGCACCGGUAUUUAUGAAAGACUGUUACUAUAACCUAAGUGUCUGUCUGCCUCUGUCACUGUUGCAGCUCUGUGCCUCUGUACAAAGUCAACAGCUGCUCUGUUGUUGUUGUUAGCUUAGCUAACGUUAGCCCCAAGGUCUCACUGCAUGCCCUCUACAUGCUAUGACUUGCUAACAGGAAUCUGAGGCUGUGGAGUCAUGGUGGGCUAUGACCCUGGGGCUGUGUGUACAGCCUUCUCACCAGAGGAGGCAGCCAUGGCUGGGUCAGCUGCUGGGAUGGUCACCAGGGCCCUCAUCAGCCCCUUUGACGUGCUCAAAAUCAGAUUUCAGCUGCAGAUUGAGCGCCUGUCUUCAUGUAGGCCCGAGGGGAAGUACCAGGGAUUAUUUCAGGCAUCCCGGUGCAUUUAUUCAGAGGAGGGACUCUCUGCUUUCUGGAAGGGCCACGUCCCUGCACAGCUCCUCUCCAUCUGCUUCGGGGCUGUCCAGUUUGCCAGUUUUGAGUUAAUGACAGAGGUGGUCCACAAGUCGACGCUGUAUGACAGCCAGACAGCAGGAGUUCACUUUAUGUGUGGUGGUCUGGCGGCAUGCUCUGCUACAGUGGUCUGCCAGCCUCUGGACACACUGCGGACACGCUUUGCAGCUCAGGGAGAAACCAAGGUUUACAGGAACCUGCGUCAUGCUGUGUCUACAAUGUGCCGCUCAGAGGGAGUGCUAACAUUUUACCGUGGCCUGUCUCCAACACUGAUGGCAGUGUUUCCUUAUGCUGGGCUGCAGUUCUUCUUCUACAAUGUCUUUAAGAAACUGUUGGCUCCACCAGCUACAGCUGGAAACUCAGGAGGGGACCUAAGAAGCCUGGUCUCUGGCAGUGGAGCUGGAAUAAUCAGCAAAACAAUGACAUACCCCUUUGACCUCUUCAAGAAGAGACUGCAAGUGGGGGGCUUUGAGGCAGCCAGAGUUCACUUUGGACAGGUGCGGAGUUAUAGAGGCCUGGUGGACUGCAUGGUUCAAAUAGCCAAAGAGGAGGGCGUCCGAGGCUUCUUCAAAGGCCUCUCACCCAGCCUUGUGAAGGCUGCACUAUCAACAGGCUUCACCUUUUUUUGGUAUGAAUUUUUCCUCAAUGCCAUGCAUAACCUAAAGGAAAGGCGGAGAACAAAUGGCUUCACCAGAGACCUUGGGGAAAGAUAGUGAAGGGAAAAAAGUAACAAUGGCACAAUCACGCACAUCAGAAAUCGACCCAUGCCUCCUUCUUUGCUUGCACUUAACAUAUUUAUCACCUGGGCCGAAGUUCUGUGUUUUUCUCUGUUUUUGUGUUUAUGUAUAAGGAUGGGAAAACAUAACCUCAUUGUAUUUGUUUAUGUGCUGUCAUUACGGCUUGUUGUGUCCAAAAUUGCAUUUUUGUUUUUUAUGUAUUUUAUAUUUUAGAGGUUUCUAAGGGUAUAUAUAGAAAAUAAAUGUCAUAACAUUGAUCAAACUCAA